CACACAGGGACAGAACCUAACAAUGGAUAGUUAGUGGGGUUAAUUUCAAUGAAUGCCAACAAAAAUGACUUAUUAUUGGGAAUUUCUAAGUUAUACCAGGUCAUACAGCCCAUUACAUAUCCUUUACCAACUAAUGUCUCAUCUUGAGGUGUGUGUGUUUUUGACUUCAGUUAUGGCUCCUCCAAAGACCAGAUAGAGAUGUCGACUUCUCCUGCACAUAGCCCUGGGAUCACAAAUUACAACACACACCACCCUAGUAACUACUACAGCAAUGUCCAUUAAGGAAAAUACACUUUGCUUUAUAAUCAAGACAUAACUUUUCUUUUAUUAAAAAAAGUGAUCACUACAGUUUUACAUAGCUGAUCAAAUCAGGUUUGUCUCAUUUUGAAAAACACCCUAAACCGUUUAAUAUGUUUCAAUUCCUACAAGUGUUAUAAUUUGACUUACAUAGGAUAACCUUUGAAGGUGUGAACAUAUGUUUGUAAUACAAACUGAAGACUAAUAACUAUGAAUAGUUCUGCAGGUAUAUUUACAGAUUCUCAAGCUUUGACAUAAUGAUUGUUUCUUACACCUGUCCGUUUACAAUGUAAUAAACCACAUCUCUGGAGAAAUGAAUUAACAAUUGAGUAACUGGUUAAAUCCUGCCAAGAAUAUGUCAAAGGAAUAUUCACCUGAAUGAAAUAAUAGUCAACAUGGGCUGUGCCAUGAGGUUUUGGUGUAUUAAGAAAAGAAAACAAAAUUGAACAAAGCGUAGGCAUGUCUAGGCGUGCAAAACACCUGUAGCAAACACCACAAAUGAUUUCAAUCAGGAAUAACCACACACACCCAUACAGACCAACCUGUGCUUGAUUCAUUCUCUUUUAAAAGGGGAUGGGUAGGGAAUCUAUUUAGGAACAUUCACAUCAGCUAAGUUCAGUCACUUUCCCAGGAGCAGUGAGCAACAUACAGCACACCAAAGUGUUCGAAGAAAUGGCAUUACUAUUUUAUGUAGUGUUUUGCCUGUCUGUCUGGACUGGGUUGUGUCAAAUACAAGUCAACAACACUCCUGCAGUAAACCCUUCCAGCUGGGCUGCGAAACUGACCUCUAAUUCAGUGAUACUGACGUCCCCAAGUUGUUACUUCAACAGUCUGGACAAUUUGUCCUGCAAUUCUACAACUACCUGUGAAAUAUGGCUCGUAUCAGCCAUAGAUACAGGAGGCAGCAAUUUUGAUGCCGACAAGAACAUGGCCUACAUUGACACCCUCUCUCCUUAUCCAACCGCCUUCUCUUCCAACACCUCGAAGAAAUACUUUUUGACCAAGUUGGGGCUUCAGAAAGACUACCCCUGCCCCAUCGUCGCUGGAACAGACUACUUCAGGGUUGGCUCUGACGGUAGCUGCUCCACUCCGAACUGUAAUGGAAUAUUGCCUGUUGGCUCCACUGCCAGAUUUAAGUAUGUUCUUAUCAACCCAGCGAACAAAACAGUUGUUGCGGAGAGUUUGUGGUCCAACAACAUCACUCUUUACCCUUUGAAAGACCCUGAAAGAAUUGAUAAUGGCUUUGCUGGAAGGUCUGCGUCCAUGAUUGUCAUAACAUCUAUCCUGUGUUCCUUCCUGGCCUUGCUGCUGCUGCUAUUGCUCAUCAUGCUGAGCUAUGUCCUUUGCUGUCGGAAGGAGAAACAGGAAAUCCAAGUUCCAGGAUCAGUGCGCAUGUAUGACACUCACAACUUGAAGGACCCUUCCCCCUAUGUAAACCGUGCUUAUGAGGAUGAGCCACAGAGACCCACAGUCACUAGCCCCAUUAAGCUCAAGAGCUACACUGACUAUGAUUUGAAAAAACCGGCCACAGAAUUGUAGUAAGUGUUUGUGAGAGGAAAAUGUUGCACUUAGUGGUUCAUUGGCAACAUCAAUUUCUUACUGUCAUUCAUGAUCAAUAUGUUUAAGAUAUUAAGGCUGGGGGUUUGAUAGCUAUUUAGAGGUCUGUUGCUUCAUUUAAAAUAGCUGGAGUCGAGUCCUAUGUUUAAAAUAAUAUGUUAAAUUCACAUUAUAGGCUACAUUUAUUUGGAGGCAAUGACUUGUGUCAUAAAUAUAAUCUAUUUAGACAAACAAAAAUAUGCAAUUGAGUGCACCAAGCUAAUCAAAACAAAAAAAUGGACCGUAUAUUAAUCGUUUUUUUCCCCUUUUUACAAUAAUCAAAAUAGAAAGAGACGUUCAUAAUACUCCAUUUCUCUCAUCUCCUAUAUGCUGUCAUCAUUGCUGUGUAGUGUGUAAAUGGGUCAUUCUAUGAAAAUGAACAUUACAUUUUUUUAAACAAAUUGUUUACCAAACUUUGUCAUAUAAUAGCUAACCCCUUAACAUUUUAAAUCAACAUAAAUGACAGCUGGUGGGUGACGCCUGUGCUGAAAGGACUAGUAAUAAAGGACUGCUAACCUACAAAGCAUUACAUGGGCUUGCUUCUACCUAUCUCUCCGAUUUGGUCCUGCCGUACAUACCUACACGUACGCUAAGGUCACAAGACGCAGACCUACCCUGCUGGUCAUCUUUGAACGUUUGAACAUCCUGGCAAUGUACUGUUAUAAUCUCCAUCCGGCACAGUUGGAACCAGGUUCCUGCCCUUCUAGGCAGUUUUUCCUAGCCACCAUGCUUCUACAUCUGCAUUGCUUGCUGUUUGGGGUUUUAGGCUGGGUUUCUGUAUAGCACUUUGUGACAUCUGCUGAUGUAAGAAGGGCUUUAAUAAAUAAAUGUGAUUGAUUGACUAGUAAAGCCCCAGUUUUGUGAGAAAAAAAAUAAAACUAAAUGUAUUGUU